UACAUGUACUUAUUUUCAUUCCACUGCUGUCCAGGUAUGUUCGUGUGAACACCCUGAAGACCACCGUGGAGGACGCUGUGGACUAUCUGAAGAGGGACGGCUUCUCCUACCAGGGACAGGCAUGCAGGCUGGAUGACGUCACCCUGAAGGAGAAAGACUUUGUGAUGGACCUGCAUCUGCCAGAGCUGCUGGUCUUCUCUCCUAAAACUGACUUCCAUGACCACUUCCUGUACAAGGCUGGCCACAUCAUCCUGCAGGACAAAGCCAGCUGCCUCCCCGCGUACCUCCUCAACCCCCCACCUGGCAGCCAUGUCAUCGACGCCUGUGCCGCCCCUGGGAACAAAACCAGCCACCUGGCAGCCGUCAUGAAGAACAAGGGCAAGCUGUUUGCCUUUGAUUUGGAUGCCAAGCGUCUGUCCACCAUGUCGACUCUCCUGCUCCGAGCCGGGGUCACCUGUCAACAGCUGGCAAACCAGGACUUCCUGAAGGUGGACCCUGACAGCCCGCAGUUUAAAGAUGUUGAGUAUAUCCUGCUGGAUCCAUCCUGCAGUGGCUCAGGUAUGGUGUGCCUCCGGGAUGAUGCGUCCUCUGCUGACCAGGAGAAGGUUCAGGCUCGUCUGGCCUCCUUGGCCUCCUUUCAGCUGCGGUGCCUGAACCACGGCCUCAAGUUCCCUCGCCUUAAGCGCCUGGUCUACUCCACCUGCUCCAUCCACAGCCAGGAGAACGAGGAAGUCGUCACGGCCUGUCUGCAGCAGAACCCGGGCUUCAGGUUGGUUCAUCUGCUGCCUCAGUGGCCUGAACGAGGCCUGGAGCCGCUCACUCAGUGUCUGCGUGCCAGCACUGCAAAGACCCGCACACACGGCUUCUUCGUGGCUCUGCUGGAGAAACACAGCGAGGCCAUGAAUGAGAAGCAGGCUAACAGUCCUGAAAAGGUAAAUACUGAGGUGUCA